UUAUCAUAAUGGCCGUAAACAUUAUCCUCUCUGAAUUUUAUUCUUCGUUUCCAAAUUCUUUUACAGUUUUUUCAUCCAUUGUGUUUGUCAUUGCGUCCAUUAUCGUAGCAGCGUUGUAUCGGCAUUACAAGUAUUUUCAACGAUGCAAUAAAAUUCCUGGACCACCGGCGCAGAUUCCCUUUGUUGGGAGCUUCACUGAGUUUCUAAUUAAACCUGAAGAAAUUUUGCCAUACUUUCUGAAGCUCUACGAAACAUGGAACAAGUACCCGGUCUCACGGCUUUGGGUAGGACCAUUGGCCAUGUUCUCUGUCGGUGGCGCUGAAGGCGCAGAGGUGGUGCUAAGCAGUACCAAAAUCAUCGAUAAAAGCCGAGAAUAUAAUUUCAUUCAGCCUUGGUUAGGCACUGGACUUUUGACGAGCACAGGCAGCAAAUGGCACCAGCGACGCAAAAUGCUAACACCAACUUUCCACUUUAAAAUCCUGGAGGAAUUCAUCCGCGUGUUCAAUGAACAGAGUGCCGUACUCAUCGAGAAGCUCGACGUGACAGUUAACCAACAAUUUGAUAUUUUCCCAUUCAUCACACGAUGCACGCUCGAUAUCAUUUGCGAAACUGCAAUGGGACGUCAGCUGAACGCCCAAAGCGAAAGUGAUUCGGAUUACGUCCAAGCUGUUUACAAAAUGACCGGCAUAACCCACCGAAGACAGAUGCAGCCAUUAUUACAAAUCGAAUGGUUAUUUCGACUUCUUCCUAUUGGAGCAGAACAAAAACGAUGUCUCUCAAUUCUUCAUGGUUUCACUGAUCAGGUAGUUCGUGAGCGAAAAAUCGAAUACGAGCAACGCAUGGCUCAGCAACACCAAAAAUCAGACUCACAGAAUAUGAAAGAUGAGUUUAAUUCCGAGAAACCUCGUCUAGCUUUCCUGGAUCUGUUGAUCGAAGCUUCUCAAGACGGAAAAGUUCUCAGCGACCUUGACAUUCGUGAAGAAGUUGACACCUUCAUGUUUGAAGGUCACGACACGACAGCAGCGGCCAUAAAUUUCUCUCUUUUCCUUAUUGGCAACUACCCCGAAGUGCAGGAAAAAGUAAAUGAAGAGUUAAAUCGGGUAUUUGGAGAUUCCGAUCGUCCAUUCACUAUUGCUGAUCUAAAUGAAGUGAAAUACUUGGAAUGCUGCAUCAAAGAAGCACUGCGACUCUAUCCGAGCGUCCCAGUAAUCGCCAGGGAACUAACGGAAGAUACCGAUAUCUGUGGAUACAAUCUACCUGGAGGAGCUACCAUCACAGUCAGUCCGUUUCUAUUCCACCGAGAUCCCAGGUACUUCCCGGAUCCAGAGAGUUUCAAACCUGAGCGUUUCUUCUCAGAAAAUGUCCAGGGUCGACAUCCAUAUGCUUAUAUUCCCUUCAGCGCUGGACCACGUAAUUGCAUUGGACAAAAGUUUGCCAUGAUGGAAGAGAAGAUUAUUCUUGCAUCAGUUUUACGUCGCUUUCAUGUAAAAGCGUUGGACAAGCCGGAAGAUAUAUACCUGCUGUCGGAGUUGAUCCUGAGGCCACGCGAUGGAAUUCGACUACAGUUAAGUCCUAAAACACGGCCUAAUUGAGAUGUAGCUUCCGGCGUUCAAUCACGUUCACGUGCCAAAAAUGCAAAGCAUACAAUUUAUGCACAAUCAGAUUUUUGCCAAUGUUUGCGGAAAAUAGACUUUCACCUGA